AUGGGCAUCGUAGCAGUUGCUGGAGGGACUGGCCAGCUUGGUCGCACAAUCGUCGAGGAAAUUCUCAAACGUGGAGGCCAAGAGGUGAUCAUCUUCUCUCGAAAGAACGAUGAAUUAAAGGCCAAGGAAGUCGGUGCCCGCAUAGUUGCCGUUGAUUACAACAACACCAGUUCAAUUGUCACCGCGCUUGAAGAAAACAAGGUCGACACUGUGAUCUCAACAUUGAAUAUGACGAUCAGCAACGAACCCGAACUAGCCUUGCUUACCGCUGCAAAUCAAUCGAAAACAACGAAGCGCUACAUCCCCAGCUUGUGGGGAGUGGAAUACACACCUGAACUCUGUGCCAUUUUACCUAUGAGUACCAACAAGCUUACUGUCUUGGGUGCUCUCGAGUCCACCUCCCUCGAGUACACAGUAGUGAUUAAUGGUUUGUUCAUGGAUUACUACGGUCAGCCACACGUAAAAUCACAUAUCAGCCCUCUCGCUAUCGUUAUCGACAUGGCCAAUAACGCGGCUGCCAUUCCAGGUUCAGGCGACGUGCCUGUGGCUUUUACUUACACUCAUGAUAUUGGACGCAUGGUUGUUGCUCUUUUAACUCUGCCAAAGUGGAGCAAGGAAUCCUACAUCAUCGGCGACAAACUAACAUGGAACGAAGUUCUCCAGAUUGCGCAGGAUAUCAAGGGUGUUAAGUUUGAUGUCAAAUAUGAUUCAGUGGAAACACUGAGGAAGGGACAGACCACUGAACUUCCUUCUCAUACACCCAUGUACCCGUUCUUCCCUAAAGAACAGCUCCAGGGUGUCCUUGCCGGGUUCGGCCUCUUCAUGGAGAAUGGAAGUUUCGAUCUGAAGCCGCCAAAGGAGCAAAAUUUGAAUGAACUUUUCCCGGAGAUCAAGCUGGCAUCAAUGAAGGAGAUAAUGGGAGCAUGGAAAGGAAAAUAAAUCCGGCAACGUGGUGUGAGAUUCCUUGACAGAAACGUAGAUAGGAAUGUGAUGCU